AUUCAGGAGUCACGGGACCUACACGAGGUGGCGCUGCUGGUCGUGGGCAACAAGCGGGACCUUCUGCCGGACACGCGGUACGCGGCUGAGCGGUCCAGGGAGAUGGCCUCCCUCGUCCGCAAGCAGUGGAAGGCGGGAUAUGUUGAGGUCUCAGCCAAGUACAACUGGAGGGUCGUGGCAGCUUUCAGAGAGCUGAUCGCCGCGGUGGAAGAGACCCGAGCCAGAGACUCGAGUCGCCCUCACAACCUCCAUGAGCUGCACGAGGCCAUCGAGAGUUCCAAGUGUACCAUUCUCUGAUACCGGCACCUCACGAGACACAUCGUCUUGUGCCUCACAAGUUCCAAGUGUACCAUUCUCUG